GCUGCUAUCAGAGUAGUGUGUUCCUGGAAACUGUUAUGGAGCAGCCACCUGGGAGCUUUGAUGAUCUCCAGCCUCAAGACCUCUCCACCUCCAGCAUCCCCACUGUGAUUGACCUGGCCAGGAAAGGCGGGGAAUGUGUUAUCGACAGCUCAUCUCUUGACGCCCUGCGGAUGGUCAAGAGCCCCGGCUGGUACCCAAACUCAGGGACUGGCAACCCCAGAUUAGUUUUCUCAGAGACCAGCUCCUCAGACACCACUCUCCAAUCAGGGGAUCAAAUUCAACCAGACAAUGCCUUCUCCCACACUACAGUCACCCUCUCGUACGUGAGCAGGUCUCACGUUUUUUCCAAUCAUGAUUCCCUGUCUCAACAUACGUCUCUGUAUGGUGUGCCACCAAUUAGCAAGUUGUCCCUCCACCCUGCUUGUGAUUCAGAUACAGGGCUUGGGGAGACUGGCUAUGCACUGAACCAGCAUUACUUGGAGCAGGUAGAUGGGCCUGUGGACCUCGCCACUCAGACAGAACUUUUUCAGUCAUUGUCUCAGGCUCAUGUGGGACCAGAGAAUGAUAGAGGAAUAUGUCUACAGCAGGAGCCUCAGGAGUUAAAUGGUGGAGUCAUUUUCAGUGACGAGGACAUGGAUGAGCAUGUAAAAGGCGAAGAGGAACAUAGCCUUUCUCGGGAGAAGAGUGGGGGUUUAGAGAAUGGACAGGGUGAUAGCUGUUCAAGUUCAGGAAUAUGUGCUGAAUUCUCACUGGAGACACUCACCCCUGCCACAGGGGAGGAUGAGGAGAGGAGUGGCUCUGAGGUGCUCUUUCUCAUGUCUAACAAACAGGAACCAGCUGUGGUUGCAGGCAGUGCGGGUGCUAGAGACCUGUGUUCACUAAACAGGGAGUACGUCAGUCCUCUGGAGGACCCUGUCUCCCCCUCUGCUACCUCACUGGACGAUGUGGAAGAUGUGUUCAUCCUGCCUCAGGCCUCCAGCUCACCCAGCAGCGACAACUGUAAACUCAAUGAGGUUGUGUUGGAUGGCUUUAGUAAAGAGGGGGUCAUUCAGCCAGGCACUGGCAUCAGCAAUAGUACAGCAAGGUUAGAUUUAAGUGAUGAAAAUAAGCAGCCUAUCCAUAGACGGAAGGCAGCAUUGGAGCCUUUGAUUGACUUGACAGAUGAUAUUUGUGUGUCAGAUGUUUCCGAAAACAAACCCCAGGCUGUCGUUCCUCACAUGAACGGGGAUGCAAAGGCACUGCAGAAAACUUUAGGAGAAAAGAAACUGCCAGUGCGUUCCAGCAGAGGGACACGGUUGGAGGCUAUUGUUAUGAACAUAAAUUCAAGCAGGUAUAAAGUGUCAGGAUGCAUAUGCACCAAUAAGAAAGCAAUUGCUUCCCAAUCAACAGCUAGUGAUUCUAAAUUAGCCAGUCCUAAGAGGAAUGACACCCUGUCAGUAGGAAAAAUUAAAAACAGAGCGAAAGCACGUUUUUCAGUGAAAACAAUAAAACAAAAAGCAGUAACUUCAGUAAAAAGGGGUAAAACUAAUAACAUUAAGACUGACAGUAGCAAAGACUCUACCUCUGAUUUUGAAGUCAAUCAUUCUAGCAGGUCUAAUGGCAGCACAUCUCUAAAAAGCCCUCAGGUUGCUGUGCACAAGAAGUCAAAGAAGGAGACAGAGCAUAUUUCAUACUCCACAUACUCACCACAGACCAGCACUGUCAAGUCAAAGAGGAAACUCUCUUCACAGUCAAGUCCUCAGUUUGAUGUGCACAAAAAGUCAAAGGAGCCAGAGCAUCUUUCUCACACUGACCCCUCAGUGGAAAUUCAUAUGGCAAGAUUUCCCCCAGCACCACCAACAUCAAAAUCUCCAAAGAAAAGCCAAGGCAAAGGCAAGGCUACAGGUAGAAAAAUAUCUGUCACUGCCAAGACGAAGGGGGCGGGCACUCCCAGGAGGAGGCAAAAGAAACACAAAAGGAGCCAGUCUUCCUCCAUGUUCUCCCCCAAGGAGCCAGAGAUCAAGUUGAAGUAUGUCAAUUACAAGGAGGAGAAAAGGGACUUUAGAUUAGACAGUUUCUCUCCAUUUAUCCGCAUGGAGCGUCAGCAGUCAUUGUCAUCACUGUGUACUGUAAUCAACUACCCCGAGGAGGUAAGGACGCAACACAAGAAGGGCCAGCAGCAGGCUCACCUCUGUGGCUUCAUUUCUGCAGUUGUACCUAGCACUUCCUGUUUGCAGGUGGGCCGAGCAUCCAUGCAUGGCCAACGCCAGCGUGCUCUCGUCUGCUGCCUGUGUGGGCAGGCAGCUAAUGCCAUGGACUUGGGGGACCUUCAUGGCCCCUAUUACCCUGAAGGGUACCAGCCAAGCACCAAAACACCUGCCAGCAUGUUGGGCCUCAAAGAGGAAGACUACAGUGACUCAGACUCUUCAUCCUACAGUAUCGGAGGCAGAGGGAGGAAGUGUGCCAUUCCACCCACACCACUGCGCCUCAGGCCAGGAGCUCAGCUGCAGCAGAAGGGCCUCCUGGAGAGUCACCAGUGGACAGCUGACAAUGCUGGUAGUCCUGCAGCUAAGCAGGCUCGCUCAGAUGCUGAUUCUGCUGAUGUGGAGGACUGGUACAGCCCCCCUGUGCUGCCUCUAGAGCCCUGUGAAUACUGGCUCCACGAAGACUGCGGCAUCUGGUCCGCAGGUGUGUUUCUUGUGAAGGGCAAAGUCUACGGACUGGAGGAGGCUGUCAAGGUGGCCCAGGAGACGAUGUGUUCAGCAUGCAGUGACUCUGGUGCUACACUGGGCUGCUUCUUCAAAGGCUGUCCAAACAAGUACCACUACAGGUGUGCUCUGGAGUCAGCAGACUGUGUACUCGUUGAAGAAAACUUUUCCAUGAAGUGUAAAAAGCACAAGAACAAGACAUUCAUAGUCCCUCCAGGGAACCGAUGGGAUUCCAGGUGACAAAGUAGACAUCUCAUGAGACAUUCAGCUGCAACAUCCUGCAGGGCCAUUCCUUGCGCUACUGCUGGUAACCAUGGCAACUGUGGACUGAGGUUCUUCUGACUGACAGCUAGCACCUGUAAACCUUAACUUCACCCUCUGCUUUUCAACUGUACUGUUAACCUCUGACACUGUGGCUGGAGGCACCCAGUCACUGAAACCUCCCUCAGUCCAAUCCUCUGGUACUCCUCAAACUGACACCAAUAGCAACUGCAGACUGGGGAAACCUACUCUCAACUUCUUUGUGUUAUCACUCUGUAUUUAUUUAUAAGGAUUUUUUGUUCUUGGAUUAAAUAUGAAUAACAAUCAAAGAUAUUUAAUUUUUUAAAGAUUUUGUAAGUAUUUGAUUUUAUUUGGUUUAUUUAUUCUUGGAGUUUUCUUAUUGGCUUCUUAUCAGUUGUCCAAGAGGUUUGGUUGUGUGUUUUUAAGUUAUUGGUUAAGUUAAUAAAAGCUGAAAUAUCAAGCCAGUUAAGGAGAUACUGGUUUUAUUUAAAGACAAGACAGAGAAAGGGCUGGUUGGCGGGAGACUCUGUCAACAUAACAGGGUUUCAUAUCGAACAGAACCCCUUUUACAUCAUAGCACAUGGAAUUAUUACAUUGAGUUUCACAAAGAGCGCUUCAAAAGCCAAAUCUCAAAUACACCUUAAUGACACUUGCACUAAAUGUUGGCCCCAGUUGAUGUUAUCCAGGGCACUAAACCAUGUGUUUGAAUGUAUUCUUCACAUGUGACAGGUACAAGUACUGUGACAGAAGUACUUGUGAACAUGUCUGAUCCUCUGCCUCCCCACAUUGUAUCAUUUACUUAAGGUUCUUUGAGGUUCACAGGUCAACCAACAAUCUGGAUGACCCCUAGUAAUUUUAUUUGUCUUAAAGCACUUUUGUGUCCCGCUUCAGGCUUGGAGAAUUGAAAUGUGUCCGUGUUAUUGGUCUGUACAGCCCUUAAAUCAAUUGGUAUCCUAAUGAGAAUUCAGUAGGAUUUGUUGAGAGUCCUGUAAGAAGAUAAUUAAAGCAGGCUUGAUUUUUUUUCUUAGAAAGUAAAGGGACUUCUUUCAAUGCAAGUCAUCUGCUGCUUCUCCAGAGCUGCAAAAAGUAAUUUCUGUUCAGUUUCAUUUUCUGAAUCUUGCAACACAGUAUUCACAUUGCUUUGAGUGUACCACAACAAAGUCGUUUAUUUUACACCACUCAGCUUCACCUGUGUCACUUCAAAUUAAGAAGGAUCUAUGUUGGCGAAAUUCUCUGCUGACAUCGAGGAUCUUACUUUUAAUAGGAAUGGCCAGGUACAUAAAGUAAUAGAAAGAUUCCUGAUAGUCUAUUUUCAUGUCUUGACUUGGGCCUACAUGGUGAAUUUCUACCAGAACUUUUCUGACGAAGCCUUAUCUGACGAGAGGUACAUAAAGUCUUUCUUGUUCUCACUAGCUUGUGGUGCAAUGACAAAUCAGUGGAUGUACAUCAACUUUCUUUGGACUUCUUGAUGACUGAAGGCAGCUUCCAUGCACUUUCCUCUACAGACUUUGUUGUUAUUGAUACCAGGGGCAUGGUAGGUGAGUUACUAAUAAACCCUUCGACAUGCUGACUCUUGAGGACUUAGACCAUGUACUAAGAUUAAUAUUAGUGGUACUUGGUGAAUCCGGUGCUGAGGUCAGGGCCUUGGCCUGUCAGCUUAUACCGACUGGUGUGAAGUCUCCUUAUCUCCUUUAUUUUGUAUAGCACUAUGAGGGGCAGCAUUGUGCUUACUGUGAGAUCCAUAAAGCCAUGGCUCCAUGUCAGCAGAUAUUCACACAGAGGAGGCUGAAGACUUUGUCUUCUUCUCACCAGCAGCAGCAGGACACAACACACACACACACACACACACACACACACACACACACACACACACACACACACACACACACACACACACACACACCACACACACACACACACACACAUAAUCUAAAUGUCUUUAUCCUGGAAUGCCACAUCUCUUUCAUUUGUGCCAUCCUUGUUUUGUGUAUUUAAUGUUUUGUUGCUGUGACAUUUCUACUGCUAUCGUUCUUGAUUACAAGCAGUUUGCAUUGUACCAAAUACAGAUUUUGGAGAAUGUUUGGAUUAAAAAAAUGUAUUGUCCAUGUGUUAAUCUCAGGGCUGAAUUCUAAGAUAUUCUAAUAAUUUGAAAUUCAUGUUCUUAUUUUUCUUUGGUUUGUUUGGCUUGUUGUGUUAACCCUACAAUGACUAGAGCAAUGAUACAUGUAGCAGGAUGUGGUUAUCUCCUCAGAUGCAAAGCAGUCUGUCCUGGUACACACUACUCAUCACAUUCCAUGCCACUUUUGUCAUGGUCCUUAUUUUAAAGCAACUUUUUGUACUGGAGCAUCAGGGGUCAUGUAAUUGUCAAGAAUAAAUAUUUUGGUCAACAUUGUGUAA